GUAUCCCCUCCCCAUUUCCCCCACCAUGUCCCCUCUCUGCCCCCUGCCUUCUUGUCCACUCCAUGUCCUCUCCCCAUGUCCCUAGACCUCCCCCGUGUCCCCUCCUGUCCCCGUCAGUAUUUUCCAGGAAGGGGCCCCCACCGCCCAUUGGGAACAGAGGGAUGUUGUCCCCAGAGCCACCCCCUGCGCCCUUUGUACACGUUGUCCCCAAACAUCAGCAGUGUUCCCUAUGGUGGGUGGGUAUGACACCGUCACACCAUGGCCGAGGGUCAGUGAUAAGGCUGGACAACAACCUUUGCCCCCCUGGGUGGCAGCAGUGAUUACGGUGAAGAGGGGUGGGCAGCACCCCCUAGGGACCCCUCCAUACACACACUGAAACAGGGCCAUGGGGAGGGGGCAGCCAUGGGUCUAAGCAGAACUGUGGGGCAGCACUUUGCCAUGGGGACGCGUGCCACCUGCUGAGCUCCCACUGUGUCACCCCCACAGUGUCACCCCUAUCUGCCAGUAUCACCCCUCACCCACAUGCCACCAGGGGCCACAGGGCUGGGACCCCAUGGCAUGGGGUCACCCGCAGUGGGGCCAAGGUGGAGCUACUCCCUCCCGCCAGUGACCCUUACCCCUGCGGUGUUUACCCAGGCACAGCCCCCCAGCCCAGGGGCGGGGGCUGCUCUGGAGGAUAAAAGGACCUGAAUUCCCAAGGAGGCACCGCAUUCUUCAGUGCUGCCCUGGUGAGGGGCUGUGGGGCGGGAUGACGAUGUGGGGGUGGGAUGGAGCUGUGAGCAGGAUGGGGUUGAGGGGUGGGAUAGGGCUGUGGUGUGGAAUGGGGCCAUGGGGUGAGAUGGGACUGUGGGGUGGAAAGGAGCUGGAGGGCACAGUGGAGCCUUGGAGUGGGAUCAGACCAUGGCACAGUACUGGGCCAUGGGGUGGGGUCAUAGGAUGGGAUUGGGCCAUGGGGUGGGAUGGAGCUGUGGCGUAGGGCAGGGGCCAUGGGGUGGCUAUGGGGCCGUGGGGGGAGCUCUGGCCGAGCAGUGCCAAUGUGGGGCACAUCCCCCUGGGAAGGGGACGGUGCCUCACAGCCACCACCACCCUCAGCCACCGCCAUGACGCGUCUGUGGGCUGCGGCGCUGCUGCUGCUCUUCGUGUGCCAUGUCCGGGCCGCGGCCGUGCCCCAGACCGAGGACCCCCCCGAGACCCUCCCAGACACCACCGCCCUCCUGAGCCGCCACUUCCAGACCCUGAGCGAUUUCAUCACCAAAGAGCUGCCCCAGCGCCUGCAGGCAGAGGAGAUACAACAGCAGGCCAAGGCCUACGCGGAGCGUGCAGAGAUGCAGCUGCGGCCUUUGGCUCAGGAGCUGCGCACCAACUUCCUGGGGCUGUUCUCCUCCCUCCUGGAUUUGGGGAAAAUUGGGGGCACGGAGAAAGACUGAGCCCCACAGCAGCGGGACUGAGCCCCAUGGAAACGGCACUGAGCCCCACAGCGACAAUGCGGGGAGAAUAAAGUGUGGAGCUGCUGUGGAGUGUGUGUGUGUUGGGGAUAUGGUGCCGUGGGGUGGGUGUAGGGAUGGGGGUUGUUGGGAUGUGGGGCGAGUGUACAUGGAAAUGCGGGGACAGGGACACGGAGACACGAGAUUUGGGAUGUGAGGUUUGGGAUAUGGGGAUGUGGGAUACAGGGUAAAGGGACAGAGAGAAAUGGGGAUAUGAGGAAAUUGGGAUAUGGGGGUGGUGAGC